AUGGAAUCAAGCCCGGCAUCCGGAUGUUGUGCAGUUAUAAACCAAGGAAACAAAAAGCAAACAGAUUGGUAUAUUUUUUUAGGAUGCAUCUCUGCUAAAGAAAUGAAUUUUGAUGUUCAUCCAACUUCAACACGUAAUAUUGGUAUUAUCGCACAUAUUGAUGCUGGUAAAACGACAGUUACCGAACGCUUACUGUACCUAGCUGGUGCAACGAAAAUUAUGGGAAAUGUCGACUCUGGUAAUACUGUGAUGGAUUUCAUGGAAUUAGAACGUGAAAGAGGAAUCACAAUACAGUCAGCAGCAAUAACUUUGUUUUGGAAGAAUCAUAGAAUUAAUUUAAUUGAUACACCGGGACACGUCGACUUUAUUUUGGAAGUUGAAAGAUGCCUACGGGUUUUGGAUGGUGCAGUAACUGUACUGGAUGCUUCUGCUGGUGUACAAGCGCAGACUGUAACUGUAUGGCGACAAGCAAAAAAAUUUUCAUUACCAUCGGUUUUUUUUGUUAACAAAUUGGAUAAGCAAGCUGCCAACUUUGUCCGAUCUGUCGAUUCGAUAAUUGAAAAAUUGGGAUUGGAAAACCCUGUUCCAGUAUGUGUGCCAGUAGUUGAUAACGUUGGUCACUUUUCCGGGGUCUUAGAUCUUAUAAACAAACGUUACCUUGCUUUGAAUUUGGGGGAUGGUGGUCAGUGGAAGCAGUUGAAGAAGGAUUGUUCUGAAUUUGAAAAAAUGAUGGUUGCUCGCGAAGAGAUGUUCUGUAGAUUGGCGGAUUUCGAUGAUAAAUUUGCUGACUCAUUGUUGAGAACCAGCAGUGAAAAUGAGAUUCUAAAUUUGGAAGCACUUAAAGUUUUACGGCAACUGACAUUAACUCAACAGAUUGUUCCGGUGGCUUGUGGUUCGGCGCUUAGAUGUGCACAGAGUGUCAGUCCAGUUCUUGAUUUGGUGGUCAAUUGUUUGCCGUGUCCUACAGAAAAAACGACUCUUCUCAAUAACGUAUUCAACAACGAUUUAAGUGCUCUUGUAUUCAAGAUUUCACAUGACAAAAAAUUUGGAUCGCUGACUUAUGUACGAAUCUAUACUGGUGAAAUAAAAAACAUGGAUUCUUUGUAUAAUGUUAGUAGAAAGAAAGUAGAAAAUAAAGUCAAUGUUUAUAUUCCUCACAGUGAUCAACUACAAUUAACUUCGGUUGUCAAGGCAGGCAAUAUUGCUGUUCUAACGGGCCUAAAGACGACAGUAACAGGGGACACAUUGGUUGGGAGUAAAGAAGCUGCUAAACAAGCUACCAUUCGUCGUCAAAUACAGUUACCUAGUGGAGAAUGCAAUUUGAUUUUUCAAAAUGCUGCAGUUCCAUUGCAACGUUCAGCAGAUUCUAUGGAGUCUAUUUUGCUAACAGGUAUUGAAGCACCUGAUCCAGUUUAUUUUUGCACUAUUGAAGCACCUUCUGAUGUCUCAAAUAUAAGGUUUGAAAAGGCAUUACAAGAAUUAGCUGCGGAUGAUCCCUCCUUACAUGUUCGUUUUGAUAAUGAAUUGGGUCAAACAAUUGUCGGAGCAAUGGGUGAAUUGCAUGUUGAAGUUAUUAAAGAUAGGCUUCAACGUGACUAUGGUCUGAAUGCUUUCGUGGGAUCGUUGCAAAUUGCUUAUAGAGAAGUUAUUGAGACUGAAGUUACGCACACCACAACUGUAGGAGCUACAUUUGGUGAAAGCGAAAUGAAACACGAAUGCACUAUUACUUUCACUCUUAAACCAAACCAAAAAAGUGGCAAAUUUAAGGAGGUCGUAGUUCUUUUGAACGAAGAUAAUGAAUAUACCGGUGCUGGCAUCCGUGAAAACUGGUUGAAUGCAAUUAAUGAAGGGUGUACCAAUGCUUUGUAUACGGGACCAGUUGCCGGAUUUAUGGUUUGCAAUGUCACCGUGAUAUUAACAAAUUUUGUCGCUAGUGGGGGACGGCUUAAUUCUGCAGUAAUAUCUUCAGCUGCUUAUAAGUGCAUCAUGGAGGCAUUACAGAAGGCUGGCGCAUAUUUAUUAGAACCCAUAAUGAAUGUUGAGGUUUUUACAGCAAGAGAAGACUAUGCUCAUAUGGCGCUCCAAGAAAUUUAUAAGCGAAGAGGUGUUUUGUCAAAUAAAGGAACAGAAUUUCUAGGUGAUUCAUAUCUUAUCAAAUGUCAUAUGCCCCUUGCUGAACUACAAAGUUUCUCCAAAAGUAUUCGAAUCAUUACUUCUGGUCAAGCUGACAUCCAUCUAGAAGUUGGCAGCUAUCAAAGAGUACCGGAGCAUAAGCUAAAAGAAAUAAUAAAGUUGUCCAAAUUCGGGCACUGUUGA